AAUCAUAUCCCACUCCUAAUUUGACGUGAUUUUCAGAAAAAUAAAAUUAUUGGAAAACGCCAACAAUAAAUUUGUCUACUUAUAAGAAUUUAGUUUCUUUUCCUUCAGGGGAGAAUUUUUAUAUAAUUGUUUUGGAAAAUUACGGUAACUACUAAGUUCGGAACAUAAUUCAAGAAGCUUAAAACUCCAAACCUAAGCCAAACAGUACAGAAAUGGAUACGACGCCACAUAAUGCCAGAUACUCGAGAGCGGAUCUUUUGGCAUUACGAUACGAAAGUAAAAGUCGACAGCGCCCACCAUGUACAAAUCGAACUGAAUUACAGACACUGUCUUUUUGGAAAAGGGAUUUAAAUGCUGUUUCACUAAGUGUGACCAACAAUUAUCUAAAUCAAAAUAAGAACCGCCUUUCUCCGGAGACAGAUAAUUCGAGUCUAAAUUGUUCCAGUAGCGGCUCAAUAAGUUCACGUCGUGCUAUGAGAAAUCGAGAGCGGGCGAAUAGUUAUUAUCAGCGUUUUGCACCCUCUGAUUCCCUUCAACUAUGCGGGGAAGAUAAGGAGAAAGAUGCGUCGACACAUGGACAGUCCUUUAAGUCAUCAAUCCUUGAUCAUCGCAGCAUUUCAUCCUCGCACUUAAUGCCAGCAUUUGCAAAGAAGCGUUUCGUUGCGGCGACCGGAAGCAACAGUGCAGAAAACAACGAGGCAGCUGUUAGUAUUUGCGAUGAUGGCAUAGGGGCAUCUCAAAGAAAGGAAAGCAAGGGAAAAGCAUCUAUUUCCCCUACUAGAAAGAGCAACGAGCAGGAUAAUUCUGAAACACGUCUAAAUUAUGUACAGUCGGAUCACGAGCAAUGUUUAUCAUCUUCGCCAACACUUUCAGCAUCCCGCCAGGAAAGACGUAUCGGUAGUGGUCGGUUACUACCUAGAAGUGACAAUUGGGAAUACAAAAGCCUUAAAGCCAAAGAGCCCAACAGUGAGAUCGAAAAGGACAUGUCACUAAAUGGAAGUGGAGGAGCAUGCGGUGCUAGUCAGUACAAUCAAAACCAACAUCGCAAUCGCACAUUCAGUGGAAGAUUAAUCGAUCGCGUUCUUGAACACUCAGACCGUCGUUUUCAAUAUGACACAAAAAGGUCAGUAGAUCGGCAAGGCGCAAGUAAUCGACGAGUAUCUAAUAAGGAGUCAAGUUCUCGUGGUAAGCGGGCAAACUCAUAUCAUAUUUAUGAAGAACCAGAAUGGUUCAGUGCAGGACCAACAUCACAGCUAGAAACUAUUGACCUACACGGCUUCGACGACUUGGAAAACAAUGAAGAAAGUUUCGAUACGGAAGAUCGAAAUGAAGAAUUUCCGCAACUUGAUACAAAGUUGGUUGCUCAACGAAACAAUGAUGUAGUUUCAAGAAGGAGUAGCAAUGUCAGUUUAAGCUUAAGCGACGCAAAUCCAAGUAACGAUAUAAAAGACACUGGAGAAAAUAUACUGAAUUUCAUUCAAAAUACAUCGGAAAUGAGCAAACACAAUAAAAACCAGCCAAGUCAGUUGCAGUACAGCCAAACUUCUGAAAGUGAAUUUAAUUUUGAUGCAUUUCUUAACAUGCAUCCUUUGGAUAAUUCUCUAAUGAGUAAUGACGGUAUUGAAAAAAAUGAAACGAAGGCGACUUCACGUUUUAGUCGAUGGUUUCGACAUAAAGAGCCUGAGACUCUCAGUUUGGGAGAUCUUCAUACUCAAGAAAAACUUGGUAUUCCAAGUGUCAAAGAAUUAGAAGCACAAAUGACUAAAAUGGACAUAAAGACGGAUUCUGUGAGUCCAGUAGCCGGACCAUUCCCUCAGAUAGUUGAAGCUGAAAAACCAAUUUCUAGAGACACGGAGGCCUUCAAAAAACUACUACAGCAGUUGGGUUCUCAGACCAAACAGCCUCAUUCUGGCAAUGACGUUUACCAUACAAAUACAAUACAUGACCAGAUUGAGUCAAAUCAUAGUCAUAAGGUAAAUGACUGUCAUCCGCAGCAACCUGCGCUAAAUGCUUAUGUGCCAAACAUACCGAGUAAUAAUCACGUACAUACCCAAAAUCGUAUGGAAAUCGAACAUCUAAUUCAAAGACUCGUUUGCGGAGACGUUUCAUUGGACUUUUUGGAAAAGGAGUUGAGUAAUCCGAGCACUCCAGUCACCGCAAAAGAAGUUAUUUCAACGGUCCUCCGUGAAUAUUCCCAUAGUAAAAAAAAUCUUAUGGCCAUGGGUGAACUCAACAUCUUUAAUCCUUCAGCUCUUCAAGCUCAACAGAUCCAGCAGCGUUACUCUGAAGAUUUGCUUCCUCAAAAUACAUCUAAUCAUACAAUUAACCAGCUUAUGGCUCACGGUACAUCGCCACCUCCCUUAGCUUUUACUCCUACAUCAGUUCUAAGGAAAAUGACAGCCGAUAAAGAGGCAACUCAAACACUAUGUUCAUCUCAUAGCCUGCAGACGCCAUAUUUAAACUCACAGCAUGUCAAGCAAAUAAGUACGCACAAAAAUGUACAUGAAUCGCAGCCGACUGCCACUAUGGCCGCACAGCCCCGAAUGAUAUUAGGCGGUGGGAACUUUGCCAUUGGACUUAAUAACCAAAUGCCGCAGUGUCGUAAUCAACAAGUGUUAAAAUGGGCCACCGGUAACAUGCAUGUCGUGCAAGGAAAAUCUUUUGGUCGUCCAAUACUGAAAGGAAGCCUUAAUUCAUUGCCGCAACAAAAUUCCACAGUUCCCUUUAGUAGCCAUAAAAUUGAAAUGCCUACAGUUCAUCAACAACAGCAGAUGCAGCCACCCCACCAACUCAGGUUUAAAUCUACCCAAUCUGUGGAAUCAGCUUUGAGUACUGAAAAUGUGCAUCAAAACAUGUCAUCUCCUGUUGGAUGGUACCAACUUUUCCUGCAACAUCAGCAGAAUCAGAUACGACAACAGCCUAGACAUAGGCUAAUUUAUGGAGACGUGCACCGUCAAUCGAAUAUACAAAUGUCUUCGCCUGCUCCAAAUUUUUCUGACAACUCCGAUCCUGGAAAUAUGAUAAAAAAUAAUAGCAUUACUACUUCCGCAUACCACAGGGAUGAGAGGAUACAAUCACCAACCAAUAAUCAAUUGGCACAAUGGUUUUCCCCGGAGCUUCUUGCAAAAGCUUCAGCUGGAAAACUGCCGCUUUUAAAUAUGAACCAAGCGCUUAGUUUAGAAGAAUUUGAACGUAGUAUUCAACAUUCCUCAGCCGUCGUGCAUAAUUAAUUAUUUAAGAAAUUUUCAACUUUAAAAGAAUACAAUUAAAUAUUUAAUUGAUCAAA